AAUGAUAUUACACUACUUGAAGCUAUUGUUAUGUGUCUGACUAGACUGCAGCCGCUUUUAAGACCCGAGUCGGCAAUUCAUCGGUAUCUAUUCUGGGUCGCAACUUCAAUACUUCAGCUGGACGAAGCACCUCUCUACGCUUCGGGAUUGGCACUGCUUGAACAAAAUCUCCAUACACUUGACUCUCAAGGGACAUUUGACGAUAAAACACUUGAAAAAGUUAUGAUGUCAACGCGGGAGCCUCUGGAGUGGCACUUUAAGCAGCUAGAUAACGCUGUCGGGUUGUCAUUUAAAUCAAAUUUUCAUUUUGCUCUGGUAGGACAUCUUCUCAAAGGCUACAGACACCCAACUCCGACGACUGUAUCGCGUACGUCGAGAGUUUUGACAAUGUUGCUGGCAAUUGUCGCAAAACCUUUCCGCAGAGACAAGUUUGAGGUGACGCCAGAAAGCGUCGCGUAUCUUGCGGCUCUUGUUUCAGUGUCUGAAGAAGUUAGAAGUCGCUGUCACGUUCGUCAUUCUCUAGGAAGAAAUAUUUCAGAGUCAAGUAGUACUGAUUUUAUAGACGUGCUGGUUACUAAUGGCCCCGAUGCUGCUGCUAGCACCAACUUGACUGUAAAUUUAUCAAAUCGCAAGCAGAAGUCCUGGGAUUUGCUUGAUCAAACAGCCAUCACCCAGGCGAGACAACAGAAGCAACCACUUCAAUCAGGAAGAAUUUUAUUUAAAACCCAGCGAUCAUUCUCAGUACCGACUACCAAAGAACCCAAGCCUGCUGAAGAUUCAGGCUCUAAAAAUCGCAGUACGAGAGUCAGUGUCAGUAAUGAAAAUAACGUGCUUUUGGAUCCUGAAGUACUGACUGACUUUUCAACGCAAACUCUAGUUCUUACUAUCUUGGCAACUCUUGUUAAGUAUUCGACUGAAGACAGCGAAACUCGUAUUCUUUAUGAGUAUCUUGCUGAAGCUUCAGUUGUUUUUCCAAAAGUUUUUCCUGUUAUAAAAAACCUACUCGACGCUAAGAUAACCAGUGUACUGUUCACUUGUCACGAUCAAGCGAUUGUCAGUGCAGUCCAAGCAAUUAUUCAGAACAUGAUUGCUUGUGAAGAUACGGGACAGCAACUUCAUUAUUUGCAAAGCUGCGGUUUCGGUGGGCUCUGGAGGUUCGCUGGACCCUUUGCCAAGUGCAACAGAACUGCUGACAGUGCUGAGUUGUUUGUCAAUUGUCUGGAAGCUAUGGUUGAAACUUGUUUGCCUACUGAGGAAGCCGAGGCACCGAUUAAUAAUGAAGUGGAAAAUGAUAAAAAAGCUGAUGGAAUAACACAUGGAAAAUGUAUGGUCAAAGCGCGACUUCCAUCACAAGAUAGUAAUACGCGAGAUGCUUCAUUACUUCUCAGUUCUAAAGAGUCAAGUAUUGAAAGCAGAGGAGAAUCAUCAUUAAAUACAAACACAAGUAGUAGCAGUACUUCUCAAUCCUAGCGAUUAAUCGGUGGUUUACGCCGUGGUAAAGAUGAAAGAGUGCCGGACACCAGAAAGUCACGUACAUCCAGAUAUUUAUCAAUAUUGGGGACCUGCUACUGUUGCUACAUGUCCAGACAAUUUUAAUCAGUACCGUCCACCUCGCGAUUAGCAGCCUUUUCAAGAUUCAACGUUCAAGCACAAAUAAAACGGUCCUAUUAUUAUUACCUCAUCAAUUUUAUCUAUACACACACUAUUCCAUCAACACAUUCAUUGAUUAGUUCAAUUCCAUCAUUAUUAUUUUUAGAAAAAGAUUUCUUAGAAAAAGACUUAUCAUUUUCGUAAUCCGGUAGUUUCAAAGUCAAAAGCUUUUUAAUUGAAUAAAAAAUAAUAUUUUUCAUUAAACUAAUAAAUAAGUUUUCGUAAAUAAAUUGUAUGUUCUAGAUCUAUAUAGAUAAAUACAUGUUGAGAUUUUUAAAAUAGAAUAUUUAUAUUCAAUAACGCUAAAAAAAAUAUAUUUAUGUACAUUUUUUUUUUCAUUGUUAUUUUUGGAAGUGAAAAAAAUAAAAUAGCACGGCCUAUAAAAAAAAUAUUUCACCAAUAAAUUUUGGUAUAUAUACAUCGAGCAUUUUUUAUUUUAUUUUUUUUCUUUACUUUUAUUCUACCAAACAAGUAUUAAAUAAUUGGUGCAUGAAGAAACGCCUUCAAAAUAACGGAUACCAGUAUACUUUGUAUAUUUUUUUUUUUACUAUUUUUCACACUUAAAAGUAUUAAUCAAGCUUGCAAAAAUU